AUGGCGCCAUGGAAAGCUGCCGGUCCAGACGGUGUGCAAGCUUUCUGGGUUAAAAGGUUCACAAAUCUUUAUGAAAGGCUGAGCAUGCAAAUGAACGAGAUUGUCGUGAAUGGUAACCCCCAUGAUUGGAUGACAAAAGGAAGAACGGUUCUCAUCCCAAAGGAUCCUACCAAAGGCAACAUUCCGUCAAGCUACCGUCCAAUUACCUGCUUGCCGAUUCUCUGGAAGUUACUGACUGGCAUAAUAUCAGAAGAAAUACAUCAACACCUGGACGAUCAAGACAUACUACCAUGGGAACAGAAGGGAUGUAGAAAAGGAAGUAGAGGAACAAAAGAACAACUAUGCAUCGACAAAGGAAUUAUGAAAGACAGCAAGAAAAGAAAAACGAACCUCGCAAUGGCAUGGAUUGACUACAAGAAAGCAUACGACAUGGUUCCGCACUCUUGGAUCAUCGAGUCUAUGGAAAUGUUAGGGGUAGCAGACAAUAUCAGAAGGUUCCUCAUUACAAGUAUGACGAGAUGGAGAACUAAGUUGGAAAGUAAUGGUGAAGUGCUUGGAGAGGUUGGUAUCAAGAGUGGAAUCUUUCAUGGAGAUAGUCUAUCUCCAUUGCUGUUUGUGAUGGCAAUGACACUAUUAACUAAGGUACUCAGAAGAUCCAGGCUAGGAUAUGAGUUCAAGAGCAAGGCAAAAAUCAACCAUCUAUUAUACAUGGACGAUUUGAAGCUGUUUGGUAAGACACAAAGUGACUUGGAGUCUCUCAUCAACACUUUGCGGAUCUUCAGCGAAGACAUCGGUAUGCAGUUUGGGUUGGAUAAAUGUGCAAUGAUUACUCUCAUGAAAGGUAAGCCAGCCAAUGACAACAACUUCCAGAUGCCGAACGGAGAAGAGAUCAGAUCAAUCGAAGGCGGUGGUAGCUAUAAAUAUCUCGGAAUAUUAGAGGCAGAUCAGUUGAAACAUCAAAAAAUGAAGAAGAAGAUUGAGGCAGAGUAUAUCAGGAGAAUUCGGAAGGUGCUCAAAUCCAAACUAAAUGCUGGAAACAUGGUGAAGGCUGUUAACACUUGGGCAGUAGCCCUAGUGAGAUAUGCUGCUGGCAUAGUUGAAUGGAACAAGCUUGAACUCGAAACCCUGGACAGGAAGACAAGGAAGUUGCUAACUAUGCAUGGGAUGUUUCACCCAAAGUCUGAUGUAGAUAGACUUUAUGUGUCAAGAGAGAAGGGAGGACGUGGUCUGGCUGGAAUAGAGGAGACUGUAAGAUAUGAGGAACAAAGCCUAUACUGCUAUAUUGAAGGCCAGAUGGAUAGCAUCAUGACGGCAGUCAAAGAGUCGAUGAGGAAAGGAAAGGAUGUGACAGCGAAACAGCUGAAGGCUGAUCAAAGGAAAAUGAGACUGGAAGGAUGGAAAGAGAAGGUGAUGCACGGGCAGCAUUUAAGACAGACAGAGGAGUUUGCUGGCCCAGAGAGUUGGCAGUGGCUGAAACGAGGAAGUUUAAAUAAGGAGACGGAAAGUAUGCUAGUUGCUGCUCAGGACCAAGCAAUUAGAACAAAUUACCGAAGAGCCAAAGUUGAAAAGGAGCAUACAUCUCCCUCAUGUAGAAUGUGUCAUGACAAAGACGAAACGGUGUCUCAUCUGGUGAGUGAAUGCAGCAAAAUGACACAGACAGAGUACAAAGUAAGGCACGACAGAGUAGCAGCUCCAGUUCAUUGCAUUGGGGUCUAG